AUGACUCCUCAAGAAGCUUGGAGUGGAAGGAAGCCCUCGGUUGAUAAUUUUAAAGUGUUUGGGUGCAUUGCAUAUGCACACAUUCUUGAUAAGCAGGGACACAGUGAUCCAAUCACAUAUGAUGAGGCUGUUAAAGUAAAGAAAUGGAGGGAAGCAAUGGACAAUGAAAUCAAGUCCAUUGAGAAGAAUCACACUUGGGAGUUAACAAACUUACCUAAGGGAAAGAAAACAAAUGGUGUUAAAUGGUUAGAUGUGAAAUCAGCUUUCUUGCAUGGCAACUUGCAAGAGGAGGUGUACAUUGACCAGCCACCUGCUUAUGAGAAGAAAGGAGAGAAAGAGAAGGUGUACCGGCUGAAGAAAGCACUCUAUGGACUGAAACAAGCACCUCGAGCUUGGUACAGUUGCAUAGAUGCUCAGUUUACCAAACUUGGGUUUUACAAAUGCCCCUUUGAGCACACUCUGUAUGUCAAGACUGAAGGAG